GCGUAAAGUUUUGGGUUAUCUGUUAAAAUCCUCUCUCUCUCCCACCGUGCCGACGUCACCAUCGUCGCCUCUCUCUCUCUCUCUCGCGCGCGCGACGCCGCCCGAUUGCGCCCCCGGUUAACGUCUUCGUCCCCCGACUCCAUCAGUGUCCGUCCUCGCGUCCAGCCGUCGCCCAGUCUUCGCUUGCAUCACCCGCAGCCGAGCCCCUUGCCGUGGCAAUCGCAGCCGAUUAAUAGUGAUCGACGAGUUCGUGUAGUCGUGGAUCGUCCGUGACAGUGAGAAGGGUUUUUUUGAUCGACGGAUCGUUGGGACCAGUCACCUUCUCCUCACCUCUCUAGGCUGGUGACAUUUUAUUUUGGGCAUUGGAUCAAGGGAUGCAGCGAGGGUAGUGUUUCUCUUCUUUUGGGCGGCAAUUUGGGAAAGGAUUUUGGGACUUUUGACACCAAGGAAAGGAUUUUCCUACUCGUAAUUUUCCAGUAAUCAGGCACUUGAAGAAUUGUGUUAGUUUCGUCUCGAGUGCUUCAAACUCCCAUGCGAUCCUUUUGAUAUAAUGCUGUCUUCGAACAUUUUCUCUAAGCGCGGAAGGUGGACUACUUUCUUCUCCAUAGCCUUUUCUCCAAUUUCUAAUUUGACAUCCAGUUCAAAGAUGCCAACCUUACAAGACCCUCUGAGUCUUGACAACAUUCCAAGAUCGAGUGACUUAGGUAGGCUUCAAAGGAACACUUCAAAGGUUACUAAAAUGGAUUUGGGUACUUGCCUAACUGGGACUAGAGGGUGCAGUCGGUCUAACACCAGCAAUGAAGAAUAUAGUUGGAGAAGACAACAAAAGGAUAUUUUACAUGGAGAUCUCCUUAGUGGGAAAAUAUUACACACUAAUAGGAAUCCAAUGAUUUUGAACAUUUUGUGUGAUUCAUGGCGUCUGCAAAAUUAUCAGAAUAUAUCCUAUUCCAGCGAAUUGGAACUAAAAGGAAAGACAGACAAGAUCCUCAAAGGUAUGCCAAGAUUUGUCAAGAUAGUAGAAGUUGGUCCCCGAGAUGGAUUGCAAAAUGAAAAACUCAUUAUACCCACACCUGUAAAAGUUGAAUUGAUACAAAAGUUGGUUUCCUCGGGACUAUCUGUUAUUGAGGCUACAAGUUUUGUCUCUCCAAAAUGGGUACCACAGCUAGCAGAUGCAAGGGAUGUCAUGCAAUCAAUUCCACUCAUACCUGGUGUCAAAUUUCCAGUCUUGACUCCAAAUCUCAAAGGUUUUGAAGCAGCUAUUGCAUCUGGUGCAAAGGAAGUUGCUGUUUUUGCAUCAGCUUCUGAGUCCUUUUCUGUGUCCAACAUCAAUUGCAGCAUUGAAGAAAGUCUUGAACGUUACCAUAAAGUUGUUUCUGCUGCAAAAGACAUGGCAAUACCUGUUCGUGGGUAUGUGUCUUGUGUUGUGGGUUGUCCUGUAGAGGGACCGGUGCCUCCAAAAAAGGUGGCGCAUGUGGCUAAACGGCUUUAUGAUAUUGGUUGUUAUGAAAUUUCACUUGGUGAUACAAUUGGAGUUGGUACUCCAGGCACCGUAAGUCCAAUGCUUGAUGCUGUAAUGUCUGUCAUCCCGGUAGACAAGCUUGCUGUCCAUUUCCAUGACACCUACGGCCAAUCACUCGCAAAUAUAUUCGCCGCGCUCCAAAUGGGGAUCAGUGUAAUUGACUCUUCUGUCGCUGGACUAGGCGGCUGCCCAUAUGCAAAGGGUGCCUCCGGCAAUGUCGCCACUGAAGAUGUUGUGUACAUGCUUAAUGGUCUCGGCGUAACAACAAACGUGGAUUUAGGGAAGCUUAUGGCGGCCGGUGACUUCAUUUCCAAGCACUUGGGACGUCAGUCUGGAUCGAAAGUUGCCAUUGCUUUGAGCAGAGUUACCGCAGGGGCCUCCAAGAUGUAAUGCAAAGUAUAAACAAAGAAAUCCGACUUGUUCUUUCUGUAUUGAAAUAAUUAAUCAUGCCUAAAUGUCCAUCAGUGACUUUAAGCGCAUAAUUAAACUUUAAUAAAGUGAAAUAUUACAAUU